AUGGUCGGUAUUGCUAGGUGUCGAGGCUGUGGUACCUGUCGAAAACGCAAGAUCGCGUGUAGCCUAGAACAGCCCUCUUGUGCUCAGUGCAUAAAAUCAAAGCGAAUAUGCACCGGAUAUCUUCGACAUCCUAUCAUCAUCCAGCACAGGGUCCCCAACAACAAAAGCGAUGAACGAACCACGAGAGCAAAACAGCCUGUCCAACACCAAUCCCAAACCGUUCAACUGGAGCCCAUAGAGCCUUUCCAUGUCGAGUCCCCAGUCGGCUCUCAGGGCGACUCAAGUCCUAACUCUAACCUGCUUCCAAUCUGUCUUCCUGAUUUGCACGUAAAUCCAAACCCUACCAUCAGGCACCAGCUACUGCAGGAGUAUCUACACUACCACAUUCCAAGACCUGAGAUUGCCAUGAUGCCGCGCAGAAUGUGGCUCCUGCGGCUUCCCGAGCUGACUUACAUGACCCCCGCAUUGGAAUACGCUACGAUGGCGGUCUGUCUAGCCAAACUAGGCCAUGUUUUCAACGACCAGGUAUUCAUACACGAGAGCUUCAAGCUGUACAAUCGUGGAUUAUGGCACCUUCAACAAGCUUUAUGGAACCCAGAACUCGUGUUACAUGAUCACACCCUCACUGCUUGUAUCACAUUGGCUGGUUAUGAACUCUCAGAAUGCCCCAAUUCCUCAAAGGAUGCUUACAUUAAUCACACCAAGGGUUGCCAAACACUUGUCAAGCUUCGGGGCCCAGAGGCUCAUACUCAUGGUUUGGCACAUCAGGUAUUUGUGCAAUUCCGAGUACAAGGGAUCCUUUACGCCUUGGAUCAGCAAACGUCUAGUUUCUUGUCAGAGCCGCCUUGGCGUGAGAUUCCAUGGAGACAUGAGGCUAAGACAGCGUUCGACAAGGCCUACGACCUUCUAGGGGUUGCCCCAGAGUUUCUAGCCAAAGCACAAAUGUUUGACCGUUUGGAUCUUGCUGGUCGACUGGAACUCGCACUGAGUAUGAUCCCGCAGUGCUGGGACAUUGAGAGAGAAGUCUCGGCUUUGUUGGACGCCAUGGAAAAGGAAAAGAGUCGGCCAAACCCUUCGUUUUGGCCACAUUUUGCACAAGAUGAUUCUGGUCAAAAAGACAAUGAUGAAGCAAUGUUGUUCCCAGUGGCUUUUCAUUUCCUCAAUCUCGGGGUUGCGCAUUCCCUCCUCGUUUGCUGGGCGGUACAGGCUAUUUUGUGGAACGGGUUGAAUGAGCUAUACAGAUUGAUGGCCGAGCUGAAGAUGACAGCAGCUACUCUCGGUCGAGUCGAGGACGCAAUCGAUCCGGAUUCGGAAUUUGGGAGGUUUCAAACCGUGUUGGCGCGCUCCGGAAAUGUUUUCGAUCUUCCCCCUUUGGAACAUCGCACAGACUUUGCCGCCCCUGCCCGAAACAUUCUUCAGUCGGUGGAAUUUUGCUUGAUGGAGGACAAGUUAGAUCAAGGCCCCAAAAUGCUUGCUGCACCACUCAGAGUCGCAACGGAGGUAUUGAGACGGCAUCCAGAAUUCAAGAGGGAAGUGGAAUUCGGAGACAAAGCAAUGGCGAGAACCCAACUGCGGUCACUGAAAUUGUUGCAGUACUACACCGGGAUUGAAAUAUGA